GCCGCGGCUGCCCGCCGCCCCGCGCUGAGCCCGCUGCCGCCCCGCGCCCGGCCCGCGGCACCAUGUCCCGCCGCAAGAUCUCGUCGGAGUCCUUCAGCUCGCUGGGCUCGGACUGCCCGGAGACGAGCCCCGAGGAGGAGGGCGAGUGUCCCCUGUCCCGCCUCUGCUGGAACGGCAGCCGCAGCCCCCCCGGCCCCGCUGACAUCCCCUUCGCCGCCGCCGCCGCGGCCAGCGCCGGGGCGCGCCGCGCUCCGCGCCGCCGGCGGGUCAACCUGGACUCGCUGGGCGAGAGCAUCCGCCGCCUGACGGCCCCCGCGCCUCAGACCAUUCGGCAGACUCUUCAAAAGACGCUGCAGUAUUUUGAGCAUCAAGUCAUUGGUUACAGAGAUGCAGAGAAGAAUUUUCACAAUAUUUCAAACAGAUGCUCCUAUACAGACUGCUCUGGCAAUGAAGAAACUGAAGAUGUCUCAGGAAUUCUCCAGUGUACGGCUAAUGUGCUUGGUCUGAAGUUUGAGGAAAUGCAAGAAAAGUUUGGGGAGGAAUUCUUCAAUAUCUGCUUUGAAGAGAAUGAAAGAGUUCUUCGAGCUGUAGGUGGGACCCUUCAAGACUUCUUCAAUGGCUUUGAUGCUUUGCUGGAGCAUAUUAGAACUUCAUUUGGAAGACAGGCCACCCUGGAAUCUCCUUCUUUCCUAUGCAAAGAACUCCCUGAAGGCAAUCUCAUGCUUCAUUAUUUUCAUCCCCAUCAGAUUGUGGGAUUUGCAAUGACAGGAAUGAUAAAAGCAGCAGCAAAGAAGAUUUACCGCUUGGAAGUAGAAGUAGAACAGGUCACAAAUGAUAAGUUGUGUUCGGAGGGGACAAACCCAGGGAACUGCAGUUGUUUGACUUUCCUUAUCAAAGAACAUGAAAAUGCAAAUACCACAAAAGCACUUCCACCAGGAACUUCCCAGUCCCCCUUAGACCUGAGGAUUAGUAUCAGCACCUUCUGCAGAGCUUUCCCCUUUCACCUGAUGUUUGAUCCAAACAUGCUCCUUCUCCAGCUUGGAGAAGGUCUUAGGAAGCAGCUCAGAUGUGACACUCAUAAAACGCUGAAAUUCCAAGAGUGCUUUGACAUAGUCUCUCCUAAAAUCAGUGCCACAUUUGAACGAGUUCUCCUGAGGUUAUCUACACCCUUUGUCAUUCGGACCAAACUUGAGGAUUCUGAUUCUGAAAGUAAAGAUAAGGUGAUGGAAAUUAAAGGACAAAUGAUUCAUGUGCCAGAAUCAAACUCUAUAUUGUUUCUGGGUUCCCCCUGUGUGGACAAGCUGGAUGAGCUGAUGGGCCGAGGCCUCCAUCUUUCGGACAUUCCUAUCCAUGAUGCUACUCGUGAUGUCAUAUUGGUCGGGGAGCAAGCAAAGGCACAGGAUGGCUUGAAAAAACGAAUGGAUAAGCUGAAGGCAACGCUAGAAUGUACACACCAAGCCCUGGAAGAGGAGAAGAAGAAGACAGUAGAUCUCCUUAUUUCCAUUUUCCCUGAAGAGGUGGCUCAGCAGCUGUGGCAGGGGCAGCAGGUUCAGGCCAGGAAGUUUGAUGAUGUCACCAUGCUCUUCUCGGACAUUGUUGGCUUCACUGCCAUCUGUGCUCAGUGCACGCCCAUGCAGGUCAUCAGCAUGCUCAACGAGCUCUACACGCGCUUCGACCACCAGUGUGGAUUCCUUGACAUCUACAAGGUGGAAACAAUAGGUGAUGCGUACUGCGUUGCAGCAGGGCUCCAUAAGAAAAGCCUUAGUCAUGCCAAAGCCAUUGCCCUGAUGGCACUGAAGAUGAUGGAGCUUUCAGAAGAGGUUCUUACUCCAGAUGGAAGCCCGAUUAAGAUGAGGAUAGGCAUUCACUCAGGUUCGGUGCUGGCCGGCGUGGUUGGUGUGAGAAUGCCGCGCUAUUGCCUCUUUGGGAACAACGUCACCCUGGCCAGCAAGUUCGAGUCAGGAAGUCACCCACGCCGCAUCAACGUCAGUCCCACCACCUACCAGCUUUUGAAAAAGGAAGAAAAUUUUAUUUUUAUCCCUCGUUCCCGUGAAGAGCUUCCAGAAAACUUUCCAAAGGAAAUUCCUGGGAUCUGUUACUUCCUGGAGGUCAGAAGUGGUCAGAAGCCGACAAAACCUUCCAUCACGUCUGCCAGAGUGAGAAAGGUGUCUUACAACAUCGGCACCAUGUUCCUCCGGGAGACCAGCCUAUGAGGCCUGCUGCAGAUCAAAGACUUGUCAAAAAAGCACAAGCCCAGAACUGGGUCAUGACAGGGGAGUUGGAGGUUCUUUGUGUUUCACUGCCUUCUUCUGAACAGGCAGUAAAAAGCUCCAUGUAAUGUCAGGCAAUAAUCAUUUUAAAAGGUGGGUAACUGCUGUCAGUAAACAAAGUGGAGAUAGGGAAAAAAUAUUAAACAAUGUACUUCCACUUCCAGAGGAAUUUCUUUCAUAAACUUCAGUCUGGCCCCUCUAUGGCAAACAAAACAACAAAACAAAACCCCAACUCUCAAAUUAGAGGUUGGUCUUGUUUUGUGCAGAAAGGAUGAUGGUUCUCUGUAGAUUUGCACCAGCUAAGCAGAAUUGAGAGUCAGUUCUGAUUAUGCAUUCCUAUAUUUAAUGUGUUCUUCAGUAAGGUAAUGAUGUUUUUUAACUUUAUGAACAAGCAUUUCAUACAUAUACUGUAGAGCUAUUGUAACCUUCCUGGCAGGAGGAAUUAUGACUCAAUACAAAUAUUGUAGGAAUUUUACCUAUUUUUAUACAUAUUUCACUUUCUGGAUAAUUACAUUCCACAUACUGUAAGCUGAGUGAGCUUAGAUAGCUUUUCAGAAGAAGUUACUGUAUAUUUCAUACAUUCUACCUAUCAAACCUUAUUGUUAUACAAGUGGGAAGAAGGCAUUUUUUGACUUUUUUGGCAACAAAAAAAAACCAAAACAAUAUUUACAGAAUAAAACCCCCACUUUGAUAAAUCACUUUAUCUGGUUUUUAUGCUAAAGCUUUAGAUGAGCACUGUCUUCUUAUAUAAAAUAAUGUUCAGUAUUUGUCCUACAGUGUUGUAUGUCCAGUCCUUCCAGGACAAUGUAAACAAAGUGCAGAAGAUCAAUGUGUGGAUAAACAGAAAAGUUCUCUUCAAUGGGACUUGUUUUCCCUCUAAAUUAUCAGCCAAACUGAUUUUCAGUAAAAGCUCUGAACUUCUCUAAAAAUUUGGUCUUGUGAAAACUUAUUCUGAGGAAUUCCAGCAGACACUGGAAGCUCUCUGGAUGCUGGUUUUCCACAUUUUUAAUAGGACUUGUGAAAUUGUCACAAGUUUGCUUGCUGAAAAUCCAUUCUGUUUAUAAUGAUUGCUCCUUUGGAAACUUCCUCUGUUGUUGGAUUGGCUGAAGGUCCCCUGCUUUAUCUAGUUGAGAUCAAAAAAACCACCAAAAAGGGAAAGGCAGUACUUUUCCAGGUUUAAUGCAAAUGGCAGUUCAAGAUUUUUGUUAGUCCAAGACAAUUAAAAAAAAAAAAAACAACAAAAAACAAACCAAAACCAACAACAAUAAAAAAAGAUCAAAAAAGGCCAAUUCUUUGCUGUUGAAAAUUAAUACAGUAUUAUUGUCUUCAAUUAAUCCAGUUCAAGCAAGAUGUGUAUCUGGAACAUUUUCAGGCAUUGUUUAUUUCUCAGGUUUUGGUUUUUUUUUUACAAGUAGUGGUGGUCAGUUUUCCUGUGUGGGUGUGCUGCCUUUGGAUCAUACUGGGGUGGGUGAUGUUGUUGUGAGCUUGCAGAUUGUUAAUUAAAAUCUGUGCCGUGAUUCCAAAGUGGCUUAGAUGCUCGUGGGCCUUUAAUCACUUUAAUCAAAGAUAAGACUCAGCAGCAACUAGGAGGCAUAAGAUACUCUGCAUUUCUCUAAUUCAGAACAGAAAUGAGUUUGCUUAUGGAUUUAGUAGUCAUAAAAUGAGGCACCUCUUGAAAAUAAAUGAAUAACUUUCACUGCAUUUCAAGAUUGUCCAGCUGGAUCUUUCUGUGGAAGGAAUGACAGUUCUCUAUUUGUCCCCUUUGACCAGUAGCCCCUGUGAGUCUGCAUGGCACUGCUAUCCUGUGCUGAGAAUGUUUCAGGAUUCCUUUCCAUGAAGCCUUUCUGGAUGAGAAAGGACUGUCUUGAACCUUUACCAACUUCAGCAUGCAGACAAUGUCUGAACUUAUUAUGCAGGGGUGAGUUCUUCCUAGCCUGAGGAGGGUAGAUGCAUGGGAAUUAGCCCAGAAACCUAUUUUAUUGCAAAUUCCCUCACUUUCUAGUGGGAUACUGAUGUUAAAGAUUUCUUUCAUUGGUAUUAGAGCAUUCUUGGGAUUAGAGGAGGUAUUUUUUUAUCUACCUUGAUAAACAACAUAUGGAGUUCUGUGGCCCAUCUGAAAAAUUACUUAAAAAAACUGUUCAAGCUUGAGAUUGUGAAAUAUCCAUCCAAAUUACAGAUCUGAGAAUUUCCUGCACAGGAUGACAAGUUUCAGCCUAUAGGCAUUAGUUUGCACAUAGACAGGAUGUAGCAUGCAUUUUUUUUACCCUGGGAACACCAGUGAGAUGUGUAAGAAUCAUAAAUGGAUCAAAGUUCAUGUUUCACCACUGAAAGAGGAAUGCCACUUCCCAGCUAAUAAAUCCAUAGUUCUGAUGUCAUUCGGUAGUUCCCUAGAGUGAAUUUUUUUUUUUUCAAAUAACCAUUAGUAGAUUUAGAUUUCAGUCUGACUUCUCUGGCACAUCUUCAUUGUUCAGUAGUUGCUGAUGCCAGAGUCCCAACCUAUCUGGCCAAGCUCUUUUUCUCUUCUCACCACCUAUGGGAAGAGUACAAAUUUAGAGGUUUAGACCAAAAGCUUACAGUUCAAUAUCUUGUCUCUCCAGUAAGAAAUGUCUAGAUUAAUUCUGCACCUGAUCUUGAUCAAUGGAAACAUUUUCAUAGUGAAUGAUGGAUAAAUGCUAGUUUUACUGGCAAAUUGGAGAAGCAAUCAAAACCAGUUUGUAUCACCAUCCUCAUCCUCUCAGAGACUUUUUGUUGUAUAAGUAGAUUUAAAAUCAGGUCUGUGUGAGAACUGAAAAUUGAUAUCAUCAUGAAUACAUUGAUAGUGUUUUCAAGUAAAUCUAACUCGCCAAAUCAGAGUACACUAACUGUAUAAAAAUAUGCAGUCUUUGUUUUUUCAUAAGCUUAUGUAAAGGUAAUGUAUCUAGAACUGCAGUGCAGAUACUAGGUAUUAUGUUAUUUGUGUUAUGAUGAGGGAUGUUACUGAAAAAAGUGUGGGCUCUCUGGGGACAUUUUUCUAUGUCAAUGUGAGGAAAGUGUAAAACAAAUUCUCAGCACUUUCUAAAUUAGUAGUUGCAUCUGCUGCCUUUCAUAUUAGGUUGCAAGCUUAUUUUGUUGGACACCUUUACAAAGUUAAAUGAAACUUAUUAUCAAGAUUGAUGUUGUCAUGUCAGUUAGGUGGUAGUCAGACUGAACAUUUCUCCAACAACACUUCUAGUGGUAGGGAAAAAGUUUUCAUUUUCCUGGCAUUGUCUUCAUAAGUAGAAAGGUUCUCAGAAUUUUGUACCUUGAGAUGAUGAGGUGGAGAGGUUAGAGGUGCUGAAAUGGUUACAAAAAUCAUAUACUCCAGCUGGAAUUUUCUUUCAACUUUUUACUUCCUAUAAGACAGAUGAUCUUUGGUUCCUCUGGGUAAGAAUUUACAUUCUUGUGUUUCUUCACAUAGCUGCAAGGAGCCACAUCUGCUGUCUUGAGUUUCUGUGCAGAACAAAUCCACCCUCUCUGAAGAGAGAGGGAGAAGAUCUAUUUUGUGUUGCAUGUACAAGGGAAAGGGAAGGUGAUGUGAGGACCCCCCUAGAUGGGUCCAUCGAUCUCUUUGUGGCCAGUUGCUUGUAGAAAAAUCAGGAGGCCAAAGUAAAGAGAGUCCACAGUCAUUUCCCCAGAACACUUCUUACAGAUCUUGUGUCAGAUUUUUCCAUCUGCCUGAAGCUCCCCAUCACACAGGCUUUUCUGUGAUGCAGUUCAUAGAGAUCAUGAACUCAGAGCAAAAAGGAAAUAGUGAUGAAGUGGUAGGGUGGUGGAUAAAUUUUGUUCUGCAUCCCUCUAGUAAAAUUUGCCAUUCAAAGACAAAAGCCUCUGCAUGGGAGAACUGCUACUAAGCCAGGACUCUCAAAGUGUGGUUUUCUUGCAGAAUCCCAAAGGAUAUUUCAUUGUUAAUUCUAGAGAGCCAAUAGUCAUUAACUGUGAUUGUGGUUUUGGCUUCUCUGCUCAUUCCCACAUUCAGUUUCAGAUCUGAGUCUGUUUUGAAGCCUGGAAACACGCCUCUGCAAACAGAAAACCAAAGCUCUUAAAACCUUGGAAAUCUUGUAUGGGAAUUGCCUGUUUUGAAGACGUCCUUGUGAUUGGGUCAUUAACAGUCCAUGGCAGUUCAUGUGUGUGCACAUGCCAUUUCACAGUGUUGUCUCCUCUUGUGCUUACAGUGUUCCCUACCAAGCCCAUCAGCAGGUUUGCUCAUGUUUAACAUUCAUCUUCCAUUUUUUCCUGUACAAAGCAAGAGUGCAAAACCAUGAUGUGCUGCACGCAUUUAAAAGUAUCAGCAGUGCGCUAAGAUGUAAACUCUGAUAACCAAUUUCACAUUGUAUAUUUCUUGCUCUGAAUAGAUCCUUCUCUCAGGCAAUUUAAACAUGAAUGGGGAAAAAAAUAGCACCCAAAACAGCUGUGUUGAAUUGCAAAUGAGUCUGAGACCUGCACGGGUUGUUGGGGCAAGAUGAAUUGCUGGACAGCUUUCUGAUUCUUCAGCUGCCACAAGCUGUCACAUGUACAUGCUUCAUGUGGACAGUCUUGUCAAGGAGACUGUAAUCCAGCAGCAGGGACAUCUUCUGACUUUUCCUCUUCUAGUCUGAGGCCACUACGUCACCUCUGCUGAGUGCUCAGAGCUCACUGAGGAGAGCUAGCUCCCUGUCCUAAUGCAGUCUCAGAGCUUCUGGCUUCCUUUAUGGAUUCUGGCGAUCUUUUGCAAAAUUGUGCAUCUGUAGUAUUGGAAAUAGCAGUGUGCUUAAAUUAGCAACAAAACAAGAAGCUAAAAAAAGCUUGUCAAACUCAGAGACAGUUGGUUCCUUUUCCUCGAGGUAAUCCAUUAUUCAUGGUGCUGUACAGGAUUGAGUGUGCCAGUGACAGGAGAGGCUAUGGAUGAAUUGAAGAUGCUGAGUGUGCAGUAGACUCAACAAGUAGGAGGUGAUCGGCUUCUGCUACUGUUAAUAAUUCCAUCAUCUUGCAUGCUAUGUUCUGCUCUUGUCAGGGUUCUGCUCUCCAAAAGAUUUCCACUUACCUUCCCUUAGCACACUGUAUGCGACAUAGUGAAUAAUUCCUAUUGUUGUUCUGAUUAGCAUGUAUUGUUGACACGGCUGCUGACAUCUAAAGAAUAACUGGGGUUAAAGGGCUGAUCUUACUCUUCUUGCAGCAAAGACAAAACAGCUAUGGUGACACAGCAGGCACUCACAUCCUUAGAGAGGGAAAAGACUGCAGUGCAAGUUAUCACUGGUGGAUUUGGGUGAAGUCAGUGCAGUAACAGCCCAUGGCAUGCUUUUAACUUUCACAAGCACCAAAUUUAUCUGUGCAGAUAGGAGUUACUCCUUAACCAUGUUAUUCAUUUGCAAUGCAUGAGCAGGCUUACAGCUAAAAUCUGUGAAGUGUUUAACCUCAUACACAUGAUUGAUCUUUUGUGGCUUGGCUGUUAAUCAUGCUUGAAAGCAAGAGAGACAGUGAAACUGAGGAAUGCAGCAAUUCAGUCACAGGCAACAGAUCAUUCACCUCUGCAGAUGCUAACUUGCUCCUGUGGCUUAGAAAGGUUGACCUCCAGUUAUCUGUGGUCCAGGUUAGUGUCACUGUGUCACUGUAGCAACAAAAUGGCCUCUAAAAACAGCAUGAGGCAUCUCAGUUUGCUUCCCUCUGGGCUGGGGUUCACAUUAGAGAGCCUAAUACAACAUGUGAUGCAAAGUGGCAACUUUGCUGGCAGCCUUAACAAAAGUAGAGGCAGAUGUUAAACCAGCUGUUUGCUCCAGGGAUUUUAGUUUCCAAAGGCAGAGUGAGGCUGAAUGUGCUUUAAUUCAGACAAAAAGAAAAGAGAGGAUUUCAGAGAAAUAAGGGUCUUCCUUGGCUAGCAAGGAUGCAGUGGAAUUAACAUGAAUCAAGAGGGACAUGCUGAUUACCUUGGCUGCAGCAGCACCUUCAGCUGUCUGUCCCUCUUUGGCAUUCCAACAAUCAAAGUUUCUUUUGAAAACUGGAGGACAGGUAAGCACUUCAGGGGCUUAUCCCCUCUGCUUUAGAAAGAGUUUGAGGCUGCCUAAUCCUUGAGUGUGCUUAACUUUCUCAGUGACCACAGACGGCAAACUUAGACUAGACAUCUGUUUUUUAAGAUGGCCAAGGUAAGGGAGACUGAUCCCACUGAAUUACAUUCUUUUCAGCCGAAGUGCUGUGGCUCAGAUCUUCUGUUGUGCUGCUUUUCAGCAUCUUGCACUGGCCAAAAUAAAUUGAAUAGAAAUAAGUGUCAGAGGGAUAGAUAAGGGUAUUCCAAGAUAAGUAAAGUGUUACCACUGUAGCCAUGGUGACUGUUGCGAACACGGGCUACUGCAGUUCUGCAAAUCCCUCCCGGUGUCUGAAGCCUUUGCACAUGAUACCAGCACUGCCAGUCACAGCUCUGGGAUGCCAUUAGGAGUGUGAUUUAGAAAAGGUUUUGAGCUUUGAGCCACCAGCCCAUAAAGCCCCUAGCAAAACCUGUGUGCCAUGUUCACCUGAACUGUAUGCCAGAAUGCCUGUAUAAGCCUUAUCCUGUAGUCAAGAUGGUAAUAACACAUAUAGAUUCUAAAGAACAGAGAGAUAGCUGCCAGGUUAUCACUAACACACAUCUUUUGUGCUUUUGUGAAUUUGUUGGCCCAGAAUUAACUUUCUGUUAGCAGAAGGUGCCACACUGAGGCACCUUCUUAUUUUCUAGAUAAUUAUUCCUUAGCAAUACUCUCUAAUGAUUACUCUUGAAGCAAUAAAUAAAGCCAUGCGAAUCUCUUCUGUGUAGGCUCCUGUACAACACCUAUCACCUUAACAAACCACUUUUCAGUGGGACAUUAAAUGGCAGAAUAACACCCUGACAUGUACUGUUUGUCCUUCCAUCCUUUCCUCAGAGAAGAACAACAUUUAAUGGAAUAACUUGAUUUUUUGAGGUGUUGUUUUUUUUUUAGUUUUCUAAAAGUGUAUGUUGCUACUCACUUAUAUAAGAGCAAAAUCAGAACUAUGGACCAGAAUUAGAAAAGAAUUUUGGAUGUAAACAGUAUUUUAAGAGACUGUCCACUAAGUAAGACUAGUCUCACAUUGUAGAAAAAACAGUAGGGGUAACAGAUGUAAGAUAUACCCAGGAAUGAUAAAUAGGAGUAAUAAACCAGGCAUGUGUAUACAAUGGAUUACUUCUGUUUUAUACACAACAAUAAAUAGAUGCUUAAACUGAUUAAUAACCACAGAGGGAAAAUACUGUUUAAUCCAUUUUGGCAUUUGUUUAUUACCAGUACAUCCCUAAGGUAUUAUUUUUUCCUUCACUAAUGAGAUUGGAACAUAACUGCUAAAUCAAUAUCAGAGUUUCUGAACUUAUUGCAAAAGAACAAGCUUAGGAAUAAAUAACCAUCAAGGAGAGAUUUUUUUAGAUGUGAGCCAUUGCAUGAGAGAACAGAUCAUAUGGAAAAGAAAAAUAAUGUACUGACAGGUAUAUUUAUUUUUUAAGUCUCUAUGGCACUUCUGUUUGAUCAAAAUCAUUCUGAAACUGUACACUGAAAGCAUGGCUUCCCAGUCUAGAAUAUUUGCAUUUCCUACAAAGAAGCAGGUAAUUUUUAAAUUCACAUUAAGGGUCAUACUUCUCAAUCCCAUUUUCUCUGCUUUUCUCUUUUUGAAAGCUGAAUCUUUGCUGAGUGAUCCUGAGGUUCUAGAUGCCUAAAUAAGUUUUGGAAAUGUGGGUUAGAAAUCCGCCCUCUAAAUUGGGUCCCACGUGCUUGUCAGUGUUUACGUGUAUAAUCAUUCCUCUCUGGAAACUGCUCGUAGGCCCUGCAAGUGUAUAAAUAAGAAACAUCUGAAGAAAGUGAAGUCUGUGUGUAAGAGAGGGCAGCUGUACAUAGAUGCGGUGCUGAUGUUAGCUUUUAUCUAUUUGGAAGCUGGAUGAUGCAGAGAUUAUUCAUACAAAGUGCAAGAAAGUGUUGCACAUAGUGUCAUGAACUCUGAGGGAGUAAGGUUGAAUUUUAGAGUCUAUAAUCCUUAAAGUUUUAGUGGAAUUGCAUGAGAAAUGCAUGAUUUUUGAUUUUUUUAUUUUAAGCAAGCGUUGCAUCUCUACUUACAGAGAAAAAUUGUGGGGGGGGGUAAAAGAAAAUCUAGAAAGUCUAAUUGCAAAAUGCAAUGAGUGUCCUGCUUUUUUGUAUUCUUUGGCUUGUCUGGAGGAAGGAAUAAGAAUUUCUCUAUGAGUUUCAAUACUGAAUGCAACACUAGAUAUGAAACAGGGCAAGUGAGGUACUUUGCCAACUGGAAAUUUGGAGGUGGUAAUAAGAAUGUCUUUUAAAAAGUAUAUAGGGAUAAAUGUUAGCACUUUUUUAAAAAAUGGAGACUGCUUUGCUCUGCAAAUGCACAUUGUUUAGAAAUACCUAAACAGAAGGAAAGCUUGGAAUACUGGUGUAUCAUAAUAAAAAGGUACAAAGUCUAUGAGACAAUCUGCAGUUGACACCCUUUCUUCAUAAACAGUCCUAUAUAUGGAGUUUUCAAAUGCAAAUUCAACCAAGAGUUGUCUCUAGUAAAUUUCCAAGGAAGUAGUAUUUUAUCCAGCAGCUUCUGCAGAAAUGUCAUGCAGAUCAUGUUGGGUAAGGCCAAAAUUUAACUCAAUUGUUUAGAGCUUAGUAAGAGAUACAGAACAUCCCAAAGCCAAGCUUUUAAUGAGCUUACUGACAGGACAGCAUUGUGCCUUUUACUGAGGUCUAAACAAAACCCAUUCUAGAUAAAACUCCCAUCCUAAUACAUGACAUUUAUAUUGCCUUGAUGAAAAUGCUGAAAUUCACUAAGUUGCAGACAUUAAUGUCUUUGAUGCUAGAAUAUUCCUUAUUAUUCUUAUGUGUCACUGUGGCCAAGUUGCACUGGGGUCCUCUAUAGAACCAAGGGUUUGGGGAGUUGUUGUGAAUAUGAGUGAAAUUCAGCUGAUCUGCAUUUAAGCAUCUAAAACUUAUGUCUGGUCUGAGCUAGUCACAUCAGUUCCCUCUACAGUCAGUGCAGACAUCCUGGCAUUUCAAAGACUGAGCUGUCCUGGAGAAAGUCUUAGGGAUGAGAUAAACCACUGCUUUAGCUAUGCUCUUCUCUUUCCUCCCCAGUGACCACUGUGUGGAGGUGGAGGAUUGGUUCAGAUUAGCUGCUGUGCUGCAGGUGAGAUAAAUUCCACUGCUCUUAAGAAUGAGAAGAUGUAAAGAAUAGAACAUAAAUACAUAUGGAGACAGAGACAGUGGGGCAAGGGCCAGGCUUCAGCCUGAGAUUCAAAGGGAUGUGACAAUAAAAUUAUUAAUGUAUAAGAUUUUAGAAGUCUGGCUUGGGAGUUUAUUUUAGUUAUAAGAACAUUCCUUUCAACUUAAAACUAACAAUCUGUGAUUGUUGCUAACUCCCCACUUUUGCUCUAAGAUAGCACUAGUGUAUUAUCUGAUGUAUUCACCAAGAGCCAUCUCUCCAAACCAUCAUGUUGUUUACUGCUCGAUUCCUUCUUGGAGUAGCUACUUAGUAAAUUCAUCCAUCCAUCCCAGAAAUGUAUAUAUUUUUUUUAACGUUGAAAUGAUAAAUUUUCCUCACCAAUUUUUUUUUGUUUUGUUUUCUUGAAACAGUAUGUAAGUCACUGUCUGCAAUCACUUGGGAAAAAAAGGGGAGCAGAGGGUGAGGUGCUGGCUGGACAUUCUCUCACUAUGAUUGUAGUUCCUAAAGUUUCUAUCUGACCCCUCCUGAAUCGUGCUUGUGUUGUGAUGCACUUGGCAUACCCAGAUUCUCUGACAGGAACUGUGUCAGGCUCUGAACCGGAGAGGAGUGGGAAGAACCAGGGCUGCCACUCUGCCACACUGCUCCCAUACGUCUCCCUUCUGUUUGCAAUUUCCAUUCUGAUCCUCAGACAUCUCUGGUGAUUUUCACUGCACUCGUGGUCCGUGGGAAAGUUCCUCUUGAGAGGAAUCAGUAGUAUGCAGUCCUCAACACUGUGAUCUGUUGCUCUCCAGAGAAAAGGAUUAGAAGUGGUAUUGUCCUCAAGAGCUGAGAAAACUUGCAGAUUUUCCAUGUACAGUAAACAGUUUCUAUAAUUACCAGGAAAACAAAACAGAGAGGCAGAGCUGUGCAGCAGGGCCAGCCCAUCUCAUACACACUGCUGUGAUAAUGAAAUCCAAACCCUGAGGAAUUGCAGGCGCAUUAUUCUUACUUGCUUUAAAGGUCAGCUAAGAGGCUGAUCUCUCAAAUGGGCUCAUAGCUCUGAGACAAUGUAACACUAGUAAUUUCUUCCAAAAAUUGCAGUUGUCAGAGAAACUGGAUUAGUAGCUCAUGGAGCUAAAAAUAGACACUAUGGGCUUGCCAGAGAGGGGUGAAAUCAGUGACAGAGGUGAAGGUACAUCAAAAUAUCAUAACUUCUGGAGAAAAAGCAACAAAGAAUGCUCAACUGAAAGCAAGUUAGCCAUAAAAUUACAUUAAAAAGAAUUGUAAUCACAAAGAAGAAGAAUGACGAGGUUCAGUCUUAAUCCUGUUUUAUUCACCUUCUAAGUCCACCUUGCAGUUUCUGUUUUAUCUGCUGAAUCACUUUGGCCACAGUCUCUCCAAAGUUAAGUGCCACAAAUUAAGCACUGAAAGUCAUGUUAGAGCCAUUAUUUGAAUACUGAAAAAGAAAUUUUUGGUUUGAUGUUUCCAUCUUCUUCACAGGAGGGAGGAGGAUAUAAUUUAUUGCUAAAUUUAUUCAAAUGAAAAAUAAAAGCUAAACUCCCAAAACCCAAAUCUAAUAACAGAGCUACAAUGAAAGAAAAUUUCUAAACCUCAGCAAAUCUUUACUAAAAAGUGGGUAAUUAUUUUUCAUUGCCUCAAACAUUUUUGUUUGAGGCAAUUUGCUGCCGUAGAGUUGUAUCUUUCAGCUUUUCCCUUUAAUUUCAGUGUUGCCAAAGUAAAAUCUGAGGGCUAAUUCCUAUCUAAGGUGGUCACAAACAUCUGUAGUAACAGAGCCAGACAUAUGUAAAGGUAACUUGGAUUAUUGUACAAAGAUGGCUUUCACCUGAGUUCAUGAUGCUCAGUUCUGGGAGUGGGAAUUUUAGGAAGGGUUAUGAACCACCCAUUGCUGGUGUGUAAUUUACAGAGAGCAGACCAAAGGGACAGAACUGUUUAGCAGAGUGCAGUUUUAAUUUCAGCUUUAUGAAUGCUGAGAAUUGCUGCUUGUCUUGUUUCAAUCUUCUCUGUUCUGGAUUUUAAAGAAUUCACUUCUGUGCCAUGAUUUUGGAACUUCAUAUUGCUUCUUGCUUGGAUUUAACAAACUAAACAAAACAAACCACUUCUUUAUUCUUAAUUCUUCUUCAAUUACUUAUUUUCUGCAGCAGGGCAAUUCCACUACACUGUGUAUGACCUGAAGGAGCAGCAAUCCACUGCAGACAGGGAACCUCAGCCUGUUUGGUCAAGGUGAAAAAUUCUUCAAGGUACAGGCUGGGUCUCAGCUGAAGACAGGGUUGGCAGUAGUUGUAUGCAGUUUCUACUAUGACUUAAGUAAUUAUCUUAAUUGUAUAUUCACCUAUGCAUAGCUCAGGAAUAACCUUCACCACUUUCUUUACAAACUCUUUCUGUAGUGUGUGUCUUUUCUGCACACCUGUUAUAUAGUCUCUGCAUUUCAGAUCUGAGGCACUGGCAAGUGUAGGGUAUAAAUAAUAACUUAUGUCAGCAAAGCAAAUCACUGUGGAAAAUACUUGUAAGGCAUUUAUGCUCGUUGUCUUUUGGAUGUCUUAUAAAGUUCUUUGCAAAUUUUUGUUCUUGCAGAAGUCCUCAUUGUAAAAGAGGUGAAGAGUAAUCUUGAUUUUGGGAUUUAAUUAGCAUCAGUGCCAUUUAUCUGGCACUCAGUGUGUCCCAUUAUUACCAAGGUGUUAAGGUUCAGUGGUGGAACAGAAAUGUCAGGACAAGCAGCACCAGCGGUUAUCUGCAUCACAUGUCCUACACAUUAUCUACACAUUCCAUGGCAUACUUUGAAUUUUAUAGAACAUGAUAUGACUGCUUAAAUUUGUAGAAAUAUAGUUAGGGAUAAAUAAUACAAAAUACAUGGACAUUGUCUGAUAGCUAUCUUGAGAUAUUAUGGCUAUAUUGUCACCUACUCUUGGGAUUACUCUAAACCAAAUCAUGCACCUUUAGCAUCCAUCCUUACUUCAGUGAAAAGCAUGGCCCUCUUCAUCCCUUUACUUUUUAAACUUCAGCUUCUUCAAAGCCCAGAGAUUAAUGACACAAGUAUUUUCCAGCAAAGUAUUAUAAGAGAACAGUAACUGUUUGUUUUUCCCUGAAUAUGCUGUGCUCCACUGUUAGGACUGACUACAUUCCUGCUUGAAAUAAAUUUCCCAGUUUACUAAAAUUUGCUAAAGUUCUUCUUUGCAGGAUCCCACAGUGCUUUGAAGAGGCUGUGUGUAUCCUGUUUGUGCAAGUCACAGGUGCAACACAUAAAUAUUAAGACGUUCUCAGAUCACCAUCCUGGAGAGUCCAACCAAUUAUUUCGCAGCCACAAAUAAUCCUCUUACUCUCUUUGCCACUUUGCUUUGCCUCUAUAGCCAAUCUUAGAGAGGGAACUGAAUGCUGCUAAAAAUAAUCUACUGGUUUAUAUUUAUAUAUUUCAGUGGGAUUAGUUUGUAAUAAACAGAAACUUUUGCAAAACAAGCUUGUAUUAUUGGCAUGAAAUUCACAGCCUGGACCUACCAAGUCGUAGUUCAGUCUCUUCCCAAAGCCUUUGAUAACAAAUUGAACUUUGCACGCAGUUUCUCACGUAGAAGAAGAGAUAACAAUUUUCCAGUUGUCUGUGACUGUGAUUCUGAUUCUCCCUUCUAAUCAGGAGUCAUGGAAUUCAAGAAAGUGUGAAUGGAAAAUAAUUUCUAGUACUUCAUUAAACAAUUUUUCCAGAAACCAGCUGAAAUUGGUGAUUUAACUGGUGAUUCAUUCAGGCCCUUCUUCAUUUCCUCUGAAAGGAGUGCUAGAGGACAAUUUGCUGCCAUAGAGUUGUAUCUUUCAGCUUUUCCCUUUAAUUUCAGUGUUGCCAAAGUAAAAUCUGAGGGCUAAUUCCUAUCUAAGGUGGUCACAAACAUCUGUAGUAACAGAGCCAGACAUAUGUAAAGGUAACUUGGAUUAUUGUACGAAGAUGGCUUUCACCUGAGUUCAUGAUGCUCAGUUCUGGGAGUGGGAAUUUUAGGAAGGGUUAUGAACCACCCAUUGCUGGUGUGUAAUUUACAGAGAGCAGACCAAAGGGACAGAACUGUUUAGCAGAGUGCAGUUUUAAUUUCAGCUUUAUGAAUUCUGAGAAUUGCUGCUUGUCUUGUUUCAAUCUUCUCUGUUCUGGAUGCUGGAUAAAAGUAUUUGGUCCUCCUAAAAUAUGAAGACUGACCACCUCCAAGGCUGCACUCCUGUGGAAAUGGACAAAUAUCCAUCCCCUGGGUGCAAAGGCUUUUUGUGUAGUUCUGUAAUACUGUUGUAGUGUUGUCUUACAGAGCUUAUCUUAAGAGACUUGUACAAGCAUUCUGCACUAAUAAGAUUACAACCUUGCACUAUCAACAAUGGUUGCUUAGCAUUAAAAUAAUCUUGGAUGCCAUUAAAGAGUACUGGAGUUCUGUCAGGGUUUAGAGCACUGAGAUGUUUGUGAACCUGAACAUGUUUGUAUGAAAUUUCUCACAGACAAAGGAUAAUCUAAUUAAUGACAGUAUUUCCAUUUUAGUAAUACACAGAGGAGGUAAGGCAGUGUCCCUAGAGACUUUUGUCAACUUAAUGAUUAAGAGAUUAAUUUUAGUACUCUGUAAAUCUGAACAUUAUUUUAAAACAUCGGCCUGCAAUCAAUUGGGAAGGGAUGGGGUGGGUUAGAUUUUUGCUGUCAGGGGGAAUGAACAGAAAAGCUCAGAAAGCAUAAGCCAGGAUCUUCCCACACUGAAAUCAAGGGAUUAAUUGCAAAAUUGCAUCUGAUUACUUGUCCUGUAACUAGCUGUUCAGCAAAGGAAUCCGCCUGCCAACAGAAGCAGAGUCUAUACAAACUAUCAUAUGCUGCAUUUAAAUUUUUUUAUUGGGAUUUGUUUGGCAGACUUAGGGGUCUGGAAGUUCCAGUAAGUACCUCUGGUUGAAAGUUGCUAUUUCAGUUAUGAUUGCUUCCCCAAACCAACUGAAUUUAUUACUAACCAAAGACUUACCUACUUGAAAGAAAAACAAAACAAAAACAAACCAGUAAAUUUGGUUCUGUCAUUUGUGUCUUUUUUUUGACUGUGAGCAGUUGAAGUGCAUGAUGUAUGUACUAACCAGGCCUGUGCUGUGGCAUUGAACAAGUUAUUCAGGGCUGCAGCACCAGUAUAACACAUUCAGAAUUCAGUAUUAAUCCCUCCAUGGGAACAUGAGUCUAUGUAAAAACUUGAUGUGCCAUAUGUGUAGGCCAUGGGAAAAAUGUGUGUGCAGUGAACUAUAUACGGUCUUAAAAGCUUUAACAUUUGUACUGCUCUUCCUAUAACAGAAUGUGUGUCUUGAUAGCUGUUGAUCCUAUGAGCUUCUGAAAAAAAAAAGUAAUCUAAAGUUUAUUCUUCUUGUCUUAAAAUUACUGUUUUGUGUCUAACUGUUUACACAGACCUGCAUACAGCAAAUGGUCUUUCUCUGUGUUUUGCUGGGAAGUGGAAAAGCAGAUGCCAUUUGUAAAUCUUGCAGGCUUAGAGAGAUCAGUGAAUGCCUUUCCUGAAUCUCCUCCUGAUAAGCCACUUCCAUUUACUAGCAAAUGCAAACAGUGCCAAUAGCCUGGGCCUUCUUUAAAGGAAACAAAACAGCCUUGUUCUGUUCCACGUCUACUGAUACUUCUUAUUUUAAUCCUUCUGCCUCAUUUUGAGUAGGCUUUGGUGAUACAAUUCUUCCAAAGUGUAACUGAGGACAGUUUGCCUUUUUUACCCCUCUUUUUUCAAAGCCACUGAAGGCCUCAAACAAGAAGAAGAAACUUUACAAAACUCAUGCAGGUAUGUUGUUAACAGGUAGCAGAAGGACAAAACAGCCUUCUCAGAGUACCCCAGACUAUCUUUUAACAGUGUGCCUGCACUGUGUUGUGACUUGACAUCUUGCUUUCAUAAUGUGACCUGGUAUUAAUGGUGUUUGUUGCAAUGAGGUCCUUUUAGUUUGUCCUAAAAGAUUUUACUUGUUUGUUACCAUAUUAGAAACAUAAUGUACACUCUAUAAGAAAAGCAAUAUACAAUAUACUAUACAUCUUCUAUUUCAAUGCCUCCAGUUUUAGGCUAGUAUUCAUAUCAGUGUUUAUAAUCAAAAUACAGGUUUUCUCGUUCUUCGCAGGACCAAGCAAAGUUUUGCCUUGUCUAAAUACUAACAGUAACAUUUCUAUUCAACAAAUACUCUUUUCUCAUGCUUCUAGUUUUCUUGUGGUGGGCUCCAUCCUCCUGAUUCCCCAUUAAUACACUUGAAAGGGAAAAGCAAUGAGCUAUUUCAGUGCAUGACCUUUGCACAGUACCUGAUUCAUAAAGAUAAAUAGAUCCAAAAUUUCAUUUAUGAGUUAGUAGUGAUCAGCAAAACAACAAAAAUCCUUUGAAGUUCAGCUGAGGAAAUUCUGAAGUUCUUGCAUUGCUUAUUCAGUUUUGCAGUUUCUUGAGUCAUUAUAAUGGAUAUAUUUGAUGAAGCCUUUGCCAUAGACACUGGCAUCUUCACAGAAAUUGUUCUAAUUUCUGCUUCCAGUUAUAUGUGAAAGUGUACUGUAAAGAAAUUAUUUGGAUUUUUAAAAAAAUCAUGCAAGUUUUCUUCACAUCAGUUCUUACUUUAUUUGACCUCAUCUUCUGGUAGGUAGCUAACUUUAAUUAAUUCUUUUCAUAAUAGUAGUACAGUGUCCAUAAAAAUGUUUAUCCAGUGAAACCUCACUCAAAAAUAUUUUGAUCCUGAUUGUGACCAGGAUGCUUUAUUUCAGAGCUAAGCCACUGAAGAGGUGAUCAAAAAAGACAGAAUAUUAGGACAAAUCAAGAAAUUUUUGUGUAUAUGGUGGGAAAGUAAUUGAGUUGGUUUUUUUUUCUCAUUAAAAUUUGCUUAUACACAUUACAGCUGCUCAUAAAAUAUUUAUUUCUUCCUUCACUGCCUUUCUUUUGAAGUCAAAAGAUCUCCAAAGCAAAAAAAGUUACCUGACUUUGUACAAAUUACAUAGCAAAUGCAAUCCAGACAGCAAAUCCACCCAGACUUUAGUAGUCCCAAUGGUAGCUAAUUCACUGGAAGUCAUUGACAGAGUUUGUUCUUCUGAACAUUGUAAUAACACAGUGUGAAAUGCACUGGUUCACUCACAUUGUUGGCUGCUCAAGAUACCACCCAGACUGUAUUUAUUAUUCUUCUCUCAUUGCUUGGAAAGGAGUAAAAAGAAAAAAAAAGGAGAAAAAAACUUAAGUCUGUCUCUGCCUUACUUGAGUUCUCAUAUGUGCAGACUGCAUCUGGUAGUAUGCUGCAGAUGUGCUUUCCCAUGGCAGAGAAGAUGGUUUAUCUCUUUUGUGGUGCCUUUUUUUUUCCCUGUCUGGAAUUUUUUGACAUCUCUUCAACCAUGUCAGUAGCUUUUUUUGGGCUGCUCAACGCCUGGAAAUCCUGCAUGAAAGGCAUCACUAAACAAGUGCAGAACAAUUCUGUAUCUCAGGUGAGAAGUUUUGUAGGUAUAUUUUAGGUUUGUUGCUAGGGACAGACCAACUUUCCAAGUUCAGUGGGCUCACCUUAUGCUGUAGAGCUGAUGUGUAAAGGCACAAAACAUGUUGACACGUUGCUCAGCUAAUGCAGACACAUGGUCAAUGCAGUUCAGCAUGGCAAAUCCUGAGAAUAUGGAAUUUGCAGCAACUGGAAUUUCAGUUGUUUGCAGGAAUACAUGAUAUGUACCACCUACUCUCUCUUGUGUCAUGAGAACUAUAUAGAAAUAUAGGAAAAUAAGAAGGAAAGGAAAAAAGAAACAAAUGAGGGCAAUUGUGAGGCAGAGCUCAUUUAUCAAAUUUCACAUUCCAGAGGCAAACUAAAACCAUUCAAAUUCAGUGGUCAGUGCUGAUCAGCCAUCUCAUAGGAGUUCCAUCUCAGUUUCCAUAGGUAAAUUUUAUACUGAGCAGCUAUAAUACUGCCACGGGGCAGGAGGUGUUUGACUUCUCAAUAACCACUAAAAGAUUGGUUAAAGAUUGGUUGCUGGAGUGCUCAAUACCCACACACCCUGCUGGGUCUUGGCAAGUCGGAUUCAAUUUCCAGGUUUCCAAGGUUUUGUGGUGGGAACUUUGAAUGUUCUUGUGAAUCAGGACUGACUAGGGGUGGUCCUAAGCCUUCACAAACACACGUCCAGGACCAGUUUUACACACAUCCUACACACAUGCCUACGUAUUUUAUGAAUCAGGUCUGUGAUCAAUGUUUUGAACAGUUAACUGCAGUUUCAUGGGGUUAUUCUCUCUUCGGUUUGCACUGUAAAUAAUACUGUACAUCUGCUAUUUUAUGAUACAAAUGCCAUGUGAGUUGCUUAUUUUUAAAAUGUUAUAUAGCUCUGUUAUGAUUUAUUUGCGAUGCCAUAUUACAGUAUUGGUUUAAUAUACAAUGUAUCUCAAUGGCAUGAGUGAAAAUGCUUAUAUUUUGCAAUGUCAAAUAUUUUAUUUUUGUUUUUUAAAAUGAAUACAUUUCAUCCUAUGCAGUUCCAUAAAUGUUUCUUAAGUGGCUCAUUAUGUCCGAAAAUAUUGCUUCCUCUGCAGUAGUGCAAGCAUAAGAGCUAGUAUUCCUGAUCAAAAUUAUCAGAUAUAUCAUCUAGCAAUUUCAGAUUAGAAAUGUAUGUACAAAUAUGUAAGCAUUUAUAGUUAAUCAGAACAUCUACUAUAUCUUCCUUGCUUUUCAUAUAAUGAUACAUUUUAAUAAUUUUGUAUUCUUUUUAUUUGUAUUUGUGAUUCAUACACAGUGUAAAUAACAUGUUUCAUUAUGCAAGUUUUCUAGGUAUUCAAGACUACAAAAAGGUUUGUAUAUGAAAAGAAAUUGAAAGUAGAUUGGAGUGACAUAAAAUAAAGUGGUGAUGACUAUGUUCUAUUUAUACUGUUCAUUUCCAAGAUGUCUGUUAAAGAAAAAACAUUUUAUUUGCCCUUUAAUGUCCAACCAGUUAUUUGAAGUAUAUUUACAUCAAUAAAUCAUGCAAAAGUCUAUU